CGGACGGGACCGUGUAAUCCCGGCGUUAUGGCAUCACUGCAGUGGAUUUCAAAGCACUGGAGUGCAAAUACUCGGACAUUCACCUUGAAAUAAAUGGCGCUUAGGAACGCUGCGUCUUCCAAGAUUCUGGCAGCUUCAUUUGGCCUCUUUGCUGGCUAUUCAGCGUACCGAUAUAGAGCUUCUCAUUCUGCCAGCCCUACUAGUAGCGCUCCGACACCCGGCAACAUGGCUGUCAAGCACAGCUUCCAGACCCUCUUCGCCGUCCCGCUAUCCUGCGACGGCUGCGUCAAGUCCGUUUCAGACUCUCUCUACAAACUCGAUGGCAUCACCAAGGUCGAGGGAAACCUCAAGGACCAGCUGGUAUCAGUCGAGGGAUCUGUCGCACCAUCGGCCAUCGUCGAGGCCAUCCAAGCUACGGGGAGAGACGCCAUCCUUCGCGGAUCCGGCGCUUCCAACAGCGCCGCCGUGAGCAUCCUGGAGACGUUCGCUGACCAAGCGGAGCACGUCGAGGAUGAUACCAGCCGGGAAGUAAGAGGCCUCGCUAGAAUGGUGCAAGUUAGCCCUGACCGGACAUUGAUCGAUCUCACAAUAAGGGGCGUUGCUCCCGGCACCUAUCGGGCAACCAUUCGUGAGUUUGGAGAUCUCAAGGACGGCGCUGAAUCAACUGGCCCAAUCUGGUCUGGGGGCGAGAAGGAGGAGCCCAAGGGAUCUCUGGGGAUUGUUCAGGUAUCCAAGGACGGCCGCGGAUCUGCAUUUGUGGACCACGCCUUUCAGAUCUGGGAAGUCAUUGGCCAUGCCAUGGUUCUCACCAGACAGGAUGAGACUCAGCCGCUCAAGAACGACGACAACACUGUAGUCGGCGUCAUUGCGCGAAGCGCGGGUAUGUGGGAUAAUGACAAGACCGUCUGCUCCUGCACGGGCAAGACGCUGUGGGAAGAGAGAGAGGAUGAGGUCAAGAAGGGAAUGCUGUAACACGAUACAACAACACAGCCAACCUAUUUUGGAUAAACAAGUAAAAUGAAUGAAUGAGCAAAGCGAUUUUUUCUGCCGCCAAGCUUUCUAGGCUCUCCCUCUGCUUCUUCUUCCUUUGUUCUUUUAAGCUUAUCUCACAAUCUCCUACAAAUCUCAUCAAUUCAUAACACUAGGAGGUUGUAUAAGCCGGCACCUGAGAGUUGAAACUACCCGAGCUAUCUUCCUUACGAUAGCGGGGCGUUAUCGCAAGAGCUCAUUUGGCAGUUUCAUGCUGG